AUGGUUCACUGCCUGCGCCAGAAGACAGAGGAGGAACUCUUGGAGACAUCGCUGAAGAUGCCUCUGCCUUUGUCUACGCAGAAAUUCCUCAGUCUUGAUUUACUUGGAGACCCCAGAGAGAGCUAUCCCUUCCUGCCCAUUGUGGUUGAUGGGAUGCUGUUGCCAAAGACACCUGAAGAGAUUAUGGCAGAAAAGAAAUUCAACACCGUCCCCUACAUUGUUGGAAUCAACAAGCAAGAAUUUGGCUGGAUUAUUCCAAAAUUUCUGGGCUAUCCAGUCUCUGAAGGUAAACUGGACCAGAAGACAGCUGCAUCGCUCUUGUGGAAGUCCUACCCCCUUUUUGCCAUCCCUGAGGAACUGACUCCGGUGAUCACUGAGAAGUACUUAGGUGGGACAGAUGACCCUGUCAAAAAGAAAGACCUGUUCCUGGACAUGCUUGGAGAUGCAGCAUUUGGUGUUCCAUCUGUGAUUGUGGCACGUCGUCACAGGGAUGCCGGAGGCCCCACCUACAUGUACGAGUUUCAGUAUCGCCCAAGCUUCUCACCAGAGAUGAAACCCAAGACGGUGAUAGGAGAUCACGGGGACGAGCUCUUCUCGGUCUUCGGGGCCCCGUUUUUAAAAGAGAGUGGCACAGAAGAGGAGGUCAAACUCAGCAAGAUGGUGAUGAAACUGUGGGCCAACUUUGCUCGGAAUGGGGACCCCAAUGGAGAGGGGCUGCCCCAUUGGCCAGCAUAUGACCAGAAGGAAGGGUACUUGGAGAUUGGCAUCACCACUAAGGCAGCCCAGAAGCUGAAAGACAAGGAGGUGGCUUUCUGGACUGAGGUCCUGGCCAAGAAGGCAGCAGAGAAGCCAGCGCAGACAGAGCACAUUGAGCUAUGAACAGAGGGCCAACUGGGUACUCUACAUGGGCAUUCUACAGAAGGCACUUAUAGCUCAAAGAGGCUUCUUAUUGUGGAGGCUGAAGAAUUGUCUGGUGGGAUGGAGAAUUUUGUACUGAUUGCCUCAAUUUGGGGAAUAAAUGUUCUGGAGAUGAAGCCAGUGUCUGUGUCUUGGUCUGGAGAUUAAACUUUCCUCCUUAGAGAGAAUGAGGUCCCUGGAUGGUGCAAAUGGUUUGUGUUUGACUACUAACUGAAAGGUUGGCAGUUCAAACCCACCCAGCAGUGCUGCUGAAGAAAGAAGAAUGGCGUGGUGAUCUGCUUCCGUAAAUAUUACAGUCAAGAAAACCCUAUAGAGCUUGGGCCUACACUGUAACAAAUGAGGUCCCCAUGAGUUGGAGUCAAAGGCAAUGGGUUUGUUUUGGGUUUUUUCCUUAGAGUGACUGCACCAUGAGCAGGAAGAUGGUCUACUGGGGAUGGCUGGGCCUCU